UAUUAAAGACUUGAACUCUAAAGCAAAGUAAAAACAAAUAUAUUACAAUCUACAAUUAUAUACAAAAGAUUGCAAGUAUUAUAUCUGGAGAGCAAAGAGUAUGGGCAGCAACGACAGAUCUUCGAGAUCCCCACGUUCGGAUGAUCAGCGCGAAAUCAAUGAUAUGCCGGUGACAAAAAGAUCGCGCUCCGAUUCAGGCAAGUCAGCGGACACGAAAGUUCCCCCAUACCUUUCGCAGCCUCUGUACGAUCUGAAGCAGACGGGCGAUGUGAAAUUCGGUCCUGGCACACGAUCAGCAUUAUUGGGCUUACUUGGUGGGGCAUUGCCAAAAUUGACAUCCGAUCAGCAUGAUCUUGUUAGCAAGGCCAAGAAAUAUGCCAUGGAGCAAAGCAUCAAAAUGGUCCUAAUGAAACAGACCCUGGCCCAUCAGCAGCAACAAUUGGCCACUCAACGUACCCAGGUGCAACGGCAACAGGCAUUGGCCCUAAUGUGUCGAGUUUAUGUGGGCAGCAUUUCAUUUGAACUGAAAGAGGAUACCAUUCGUGCUGCAUUCACACCUUUUGGUCCCAUCAAGUCGAUUAAUAUGUCAUGGGAUCCAAUAACGCAGAAACACAAGGGUUUCGCCUUUGUGGAAUAUGAAAUACCCGAAGGGGCUCAAUUGGCAUUGGAACAGAUGAAUGGCGCUCUGAUGGGUGGACGGAACAUUAAGGUUGGCCGACCCAGCAAUAUGCCGCAAGCCCAACAGGUCAUCGAUGAAGUGCAAGAGGAGGCCAAAUCAUUUAAUCGCAUUUAUGUCGCUUCCAUACAUCCGGAUCUGUCCGAGGAGGAUAUCAAAAGUGUCUUUGAGGCAUUCGGACCUAUACUUUAUUGCAAAUUGGCCCAGGGAACGAGUCUGCAUACGCACAAAGGUUACGGAUUCAUUGAGUAUGCCAAUAAGCAAGCCAUGGACGAGGCCAUUGCCAGUAUGAAUCUCUUUGAUUUGGGCGGACAGUUGCUCAGGGUUGGCCGAUCCAUCACACCGCCCAAUGCCUUGGCGUGUCCCACAACCAACUCCACAAUGCCCACAGCUGCUGCAGUGGCUGCCGCUGCGGCCACAGCGAAAAUUCAAGCUUUGGACGCUGUGGCUAGUAAUGCCGUAUUGGGUCUUCAGAAUACACCUACGCUUGGAAUGGCAGCGGGUGCCGUGGUGGCCAAAGUGGGUGCCAUGCCAGUGGUAAGUGCAGCCACAUCAGCGGCUGCUCUUCAUCCGGUUCUGGCCGUGCCCACAGCUCCGGUAACGGCUGCUGCACUGCUCCCGCCUGGCAUUUUCCAGCCACCAACAGCAGUGGCUCCCAGUUUGUUAGGCGUUCCCACAGGUUUGCCCACACUGCAAAGUGUGGCUCCCACAUUGCCGCCGCCUGCCCUGCUGGCCACACCAACGCUACCCUUGGCUAGCGUGGCAGCUGCUGCUGCCGCUGCCGCCGGAGUGGGCGUGGGCGUGGUACCUGCCGCUGCCGUUGAGGCAAGCAAUGGAGGUGCUGCUGUAGCAGUUGCUCCAGUCGCCCUAUCAGCUGCGGCCAAUAAUGCCGCAGCGACAGCCGCCAAUCUCUCGGAGAACAUCAAGAAGGCCCACGAGAAACAGCAAGAGGAAUUGCAAAAGAAACUGAUGGACGAGGGUGAUGUCCAGACGCUGCAGCAACAGGAGAACAUGUCCAUUAAGGGCCAAAGUGCUCGGCAAUUGGUAAUGCAGCGGUUAAUGCGGCCCCAGGACUCUCGUGUCAUUAUCCUGCGCAAUAUGGUUGGACCAGAGGAUGUGGAUGAGACGCUGCAGGAGGAGAUUCAAGAGGAGUGCAGCAAAUUCGGCACUGUCAGUCGUGUCAUCAUAUUCAACGAAAAGCAAACAGAGAACGAAGACGACGAUGAGGCGGAAAUUAUUGUGAAAAUAUUUGUCGAAUUCUCUGCCGGAGCCGAGGCCAUCCGUGGCAAGGAUGCGUUACAUGGUAGAUUUUUCGGUGGUCGACGUGUCAUAGCCGAGCUCUAUGAUCAGAGCAUUUUUGAUCAGGGUGACUUGUCGGGUUAACCUAGCAACGAGCCAUCUAAACGACCGAAUAAAUUGUAACAAAAACACACACAAAAGAGCAAAGCAAAACAACAAAACAAAACAAAAACAAAAAAAGCAAAAUUGUACAUUUUAGGGCACUCCCAAAAUCCCUCCCCUCCCUCCCUCUGACCUUUUGUUUCCUCAAACAAGGCAAAUUUAUUUAUUUAUCGAACUUAAAACAAAACAAAAACAAAAAAGAUUUGUAAUUGUAAUUUUGAUUGUUAUUUAGAAGGUUUUAUUCUGAACUAUACGAUGUUUUACCUCGUACUGUCUGUUUUCCCUUCAAAUCACAUUCUCACACAUAAUUUCAGAAUGCUAAAAAAGAAUUAACAAUAAUAAUAAUAAACAAGAAGAACUCAAGUUUCCCCAAAAAUGAAA